AUGGCGGCAAAAGUUUAAAUUUUUCCCUCGGAGAUGUUAGUUCAUGUGAAUCCUGCUUGUGUAAAGGCAAUUUUGACGAGCUAAACCUUCUUUUGCUGUGUUUCUUGAGAAAAAAAAUUUAAGGCAUCCAACGAGCAUAUAAAGCCCAAAAAGAGGUAGCCCCAUGGGUGACAAAGAGAAGAGAGUUGGAAAGAUCGAUAGGAGACCGAUGUGCAGAUACGGAACAGAUUGUUACCGUAAAAAUCCGGUUCAUUUUAAGGAAUAUAGACACCCAGGUUAUGACUCUGACACUGAUGAUGAUGAUGAUGACAAGUUGGAGAAGUCUCCACCAGCUAAAAGACAGAAGUUAACUAGUAGUUUGACAACCAGUGAGCCGUCAUUUUCAUCGUCUUCAUCAUCAUUACCAAAAGACACUGAGAAUGACAUGAAGUGUUUGCCAUUUUUACUGACCACUGUUCGAGGGAUUCCUUCUGAAUUUAAUAACAAAAAUAUGGCAGUUAGCAUUAAAGAUAUCCUUUCAAAUACAAUGGGGAACUUGGAGGCAUCAGCACAGUUCAACUACAUGUUUGAUAUUCCAUGGUUGAUGGAGCAGUACCCUGCAGAUAAAAGGUCUAAACCUUUAUUAAUCGUUCAUGGAAAUCAGAGAGAGGCAAAGGCUCAACUUCAUCAAGAAACAGAACCAUAUCCAAAUAUUAAACUGUUUGCUGCCAGACUAGAAGCAUUUGGAACACAUCAUAGCAAAAUGAUGCUACUGUUGUACAAAGAGGGCUUAAAAGUUGUGAUCACCACAGCAAAUCUCAUUGCCAUGGACUGGGACCAGAAAACACAAGGGGUUUGGAUGAGUCCAGUGUUUCCUAAACUUUCCAAGUUAUCUGGUGAAGAAUAUGCAAACUAUUCACGGACUAAUUUUAAAGAGGAUUUAUUGGAAUAUUUGGCAGCAUAUGGGGGUAGUGCACUAGAUGAAUGGAAGAAACAUAUUCAGGAACAUGAUAUGUCAUCUGCAAGGGUUCGCCUAAUAGCCUCUGUUCCUGGGAGACACACUGGAGUCAAUAAAACCAAAUGGGGCCAUCUUAAACUUCGUAAGGUUCUUCACCAGCAUGGACCUAGCUCUGAUGACAUCAGCUCCAAGUGGCCUGUGAUUGGUCAGUUUUCCAGCAUAGGUUCUCUUGGGAAUGACAAGGACCGUUGGCUGUGUUCUGAAUGGUUACAAAGCUUGUCCACAUGUUCUGGUAACAUGAUGUCCAGUCCCCCUCUGCAUCUGGUUUUUCCAACAGUGGACAAUGUGCGGUGCAGUUUGGAAGGUUACCCAGCUGGUGGCUCAAUACCAUACAGUUCCAAGACAGCUUUGAAACAGCCUUAUCUUCCAAGUUUCUUUUGCUCUUGGAAGUCUCAUUCCUGUGGUAGAAGUCGCGCCUCUCCUCACAUUAAAACAUACACCAGGGUAUCCCCAGAUUGGAGCCGAAUGAGCUGGUUUCUUGUGACAAGUGCAAAUUUGUCUAAAGCAGCCUGGGGAACUUUGGAAAAAAAUGGUCAACAACUUAUGAUUCGCUCGUAUGAGAUUGGAGUUUUGUUUCUACCCAAAGACCAGGAUCCUGAAAGCAAAUACUUUCAUGUGAAAGGAAAACAGGAAAGUAAUGAAAAAUGGUCAAGUUAUAGUGUACAGCUUCCAUUUGAUGUCCCACCUUUGCCAUACACCAAAGAUGAAUCUCCUUGGAUGUGGGAUGUCAAAUACAACACACCUGAUGGUCAUGGUAGAAUAUGGUCACCAUCAUAAUCACUGCAGUCAGGGAAUCACUGGGUUAAAAUGGACACAGAGGAUGUCAGGGGGAGGGAAAAGGCAAAGGC